UUAUGCGCGCUCCCACACACACACACACACACACACACACACACACACACACACACACACACACACACACACACACACACACACACAGACUGCACAAAAAAACAAGAUGAAUAAGGAGACUUCUGGUCUUCGCAGUGGAGUCUCACGGAAGUCUGUUGCUCCAAAAAACCUCUCUAUCCUAAUUAUCAUUGUUGUGCUCAUGUUUGUGAUAUAUUUCCUGACUGGUUUAAAACCUGUGAAAUCUUACAAGCCUGACUAUUUUUACCCUCACUGGAAAAAGACAAACCUUAUGGCAUGCGGAUGGAAAGUAAAAUAUGACCCAAUCAUUAAAGUCACCAAUGUUAAAACGUACAUGGUUGGCUCCUAUGUAGAGCACCGACAGGAGGUGAAAAGGAUACGGACAAUUGCUAUAGUGCUUCGCAGUGAAAAUGCAGAGUAUCAAUGCAUGCUUUGCUGCAAUGGAAUGAAGGUGCCUGUAUCUGCUACUUUAAACAUUCACUCUGAUCACUUUGAUUUUGAGUACGGCACUGCUGAUAUUAUAUGCCAAAUACCGGAAGAGUGUACAACACCAACACAUGUAGCUAUCACUUCCAAAUCACCUAAAGAGAAUGGAUUAUUGCAGGAUAUGCAUGCCUUCCAACCUGUUAGGAAUCAACAGAAACAGGAAGUUUUUCCCUAUGAAUUCACAGUUUGCAUUUCAACCAUGUAUGACUAUGAGAAUGUAUUGCUGCUUGUGCAGGCCAUAGAGAUGUUCAGGAUACUUGGUGUCCAGAAGGUAGCUAUUUACAAAACCAACUGCAGUAAAGAUACACAGAAGGUCCUGGAUUAUUACAUCAGGAAGAACUUUGUGGAGCUCAUCCCUUGGAGUCUAUCGCCCUACAUUAAUGUGUCCAGAGGCUGGCAGAAGUUUAAAUCGCCAGGGGAACUACACUACUUUGGGCAAAUCGCAGCACUUAAUGACUGUUUGUAUCGUUACAUGUACAAGAGUCACUAUGUAGCUCUUCAAGAUCUGGAUGAAUUCAUUCUACCUUUGAAUUUUACCAAUUGGACAGAGCUUCUGCCUGAAUUGGAGAGGGAAUAUGGUCAGGGGAUUGGCUUUGAGUUUGAGAAUAAUGUUUUUCCUAUUUACUUGAAGGAUUCAAAGUCCAAAAAGUAUUCACCAGACUCCUGGAAGAAGGUUCCAGGACAAAACAUUUUAGAAUAUGUUUAUAGGUUAGUCAAUGAUCCUUCAAAAUUCAAUAAUUUCAAAGUUAUUGUAAAUCCUCGUCUAGUGUUUGAAACUACAGUCCAUGGAUUGUUGAAAUCAAUGACGGGUACUGUGAGAGUGAACCCUGAAGUUGCCCGCAUGUAUCACAUAAAGAACUUUACAAAAGAAGAUGCGUUAACAGAUAAAAGCAUACUGGACACACAUCUCAGAGACUAUGCAGAUAGGCUGAUACCUGCUGUUUCUGAAAUGCUUUAUAUUGCACUAAAAUUGCCAAAAGUGUAAAACAAGUCUGUGAUGAGAUAGACAACUAUAUGUAAAAAGUAUGGUCAUGAGUAAAGAAGACAUUUUUUAUAAACAUGAACAUCUAAACAUACUAAAUGCACUCCGAUAAAGCUGAAGAGUUUGACUGAAUUGUACAAGACAGGAAGCGUUACAUUUCCAAAGAAUAUUUCUUAAUAAAAGAAUUCCUAUGAAAUUUAAGCAUUUAUUCAGGAGGAUUAAACUGUUCAGCAUGUUGUCAGUGACUACUAAUUUAUUGUCAUUUCAACCUUUUUUAUCCUAAUUAUUAUUUAAAUUGUCUUAUUUGCAGCUGUUGAUUCCUGUCAAUUUUAAUUACAAUAGUUUCAAUCUGAUUAGUACUUAUGUUGGCAGUAGACAGCUUCACAUUCAUAGACAGCACAGAUGGAAGGAAAUAAUCACAAUCUUCAGAAAUCGCACCAGACAUCUGUCUGUAUUGUAUCAAUGGGCUUCAUAUUGAAGGAAUUUUAUUAUUUUAUAUAUAUAUAUAAAAUCCCAGUUUCAACCUGAUCUCACACAUACCUUUGUCCAGGAUUACCAGACGUCCUUUAAGACAUAGCAGCACUGUUGUGAAAAUCAGUUUUAUUGCUGAUAAAAUUAAACAUUCUGUUCGUAUAUAAAAUUCACCAAUGUAAAUAUGUAUCAUAGCAUGCUAGAUGAAGAAUAAGCAGUGUAUGCUCUUUGCUACAGAUCAUAUGGGCUCUGUUGUCUGCAUUCCAAUUGGUAAUUACUGCACCGUUAAUCUGUACUUAACAAAAAAUUAAGUUUAACUAUUUUCCGCUUUGCUGCAUUGCUGGAAAAGGUCACAGUCACCUAUUGUCCCCAAAAACAUGUUAUGUCUGAAGUUCAAAGACACUCAGUGUCUACUCCAAAAUGCUUUUUUAAAGAAAUGCUAUGGUUUUAUCCUGGGACUUAUUGACAGUUUUCUUGUACUGAACAUCCUUUCAAGGUAUUUUUUUAAUGUUUUAAUGUGACGUUGUCUUUUCUACUGUUAUCUGCUCAUUAGGGAUCUUGAAAUAAAAUUAAUUUUAAUAGCUUAGUGACAAAUCCAUGCACAAUGACACAUAAGUAAUAUAUUUUAAAUAAAUAAAAACAAAAUCUUAUUAC